GCGUGCACCGGGGUUGGGUCUCUGGAAGAGCCGCGCUCUGGGAGCGGGACUCUAAGGUCCGGCAUGCACCGGGCUGGGGCUUGUCUUUGGGCUGAGGUAGGUGGCUUAGCUGCCCGUUGCUCCUCAGCCCCGGGGCUAGGAGGAGGCGAUGGCGGGAGAGACUCCCGGAAGCGGGGAGGGAGUCUCUCCGCGGAGGCAGUGUCUGAUCCAGCGGAAGAGCCAGCGGGAGCACCACGGGGUGGCGGCCUCCUGCCUGCGGGAGCUGCGGAGCAAGGCCUGUGACAUUCUGGCCAUUGACAAAGCCUGGGAGCCCAUCACCUUAGUUCUGGCAGAGGAUGGCACCAUUGUGGAUGAUGAAGAUUACUUCCUGUGUUUACCGCCCAACACCAAGUUUGUGGCACUGGCCAGGAAUGAAAAGUGGACCAGCAGCUGCACAGAUGGGGACACAGCCUGGCCCUCAAGGGAGUCCAUAGAUGAAGUGGAUAGUGGUGAAGAGAAGUGGAAGCAUCUGGCAAGACAGCUAAAGGAUGACCUGUCCAGCAUCAUUUUGAUGUCUGAGGAAGACCUCCAGGUUCUCAUUGAUGUACCAUGUUCAGACUUGGCCCAGGAGCUUUCCCAGAAUCAACCAAAAACCCAGAUGUUACAGGAUACCCUGCAGCAGGCGCUGGACAGACGAGAGGAAGAACGCCAAUCCAAACAGCUUCUGGAACUCUACAUGAAGGCCUUAAAGAAUGAAGGCAGCAUCUUAACCAAGGCAUCAGAACCUGACGCUGCACCCAGGGAGGAGAUGAAUGUAGUCAACACUGAUAGCAGUGCAGGUGCCUCCGCCAAAAGAUCACUCAGUGGCGAGAUCCUUGCUGCACUGAAAGAAAAACCUGCCCCAGAACUCAGCUUAGACAGUCAGGAUCUAGAGCUGGUUUUCAAGGGAGACACAGAAGCCUUGGCUCUGGCACUGAGCUGGGAUAAGCAGAAGACUGAAGCUCUCCAACAGGCCUGUGAUCAGGAGCUCUCCAGGCGCUUACAGCAAGUGCAGGCUCUACACUCCCUGAGGAGUAUAUCAAAGGGCAAGAAAAAGCUGCCCUGGGGAGACUGGUUGAGUUCAAAACGCAAGAAGUAAGAGACUUUGCAGCACUGCUGCUGACAAUGCUUUAAAUGUCAAGGAAACAUAGGUCUCUUGUGUAUUAGAGCCAACACAAGCAAAUGGCAUGUUAAAUUUCCCAAGUUCCAUAGUUUUCUGGUCAUCCUAUGUCCUGCCUCUAGGGAACUAAAAACUGGGCUUGUCUCUGCCUCUGUUGUUAACAGACAGGUUUAAUCCCUCUAGUGAGAGUCUAGGAUCUCAUGUAACUAAAGGCUUUAUUUUUUUCAGAGUAGUGGUACUUGUCAAAUUUUCUGUAAACACAACCAGUGUCCUGCUAAAUGCUGCAUUAGAGAGUUAUGUUUUGAAUGCAGGACUGGGAGCCAGGUGCACUUGAGUUCUUAUCCUGACUAACUGUCUGAGGCCUCAGGCAUCUCACUUGUCUCUUCCCUCCCGUCUUUCAGAUGCGGGGAGUUACUUACUCAGUGGGGUAUUGUGAGGCUAAGCCUUGGUGUACUCUUUAAGUUUUACUAGCAUACCUAUGUCAGGUAGGAGGAGGGAAAAUCACACCCCUAACCAACAUAGUUGUGCAAUCAAAGGGCUAGUAUAGGUGUAUUUCUACUAGCAAAAGAAUUAUUUUACAGGUAUAGUUUACUCCAUUCAGGGAACUGGUUUAAGCAAGAGAACUUUUGCUAGUAUAAGCUGCGUCUCCACUUGGGGUAUCUGUGGGUUUCCUCUACCUAUAUACUGGCAACUCCUUUCAAGAAUAGACAAGGCCCAAGUUAGAGGGCACUUUAAACACUGCUGAGUAAGCAGGAGGGUUUUCAUACCAAAUUCUGAGGCUGCACAAGAGAGUGCAGACCAAGCACGUUCUCUUCAGAUUAUGUUCUAAACAGAGUGCAAUAGUGAGAAAUGCAGUGUUCUCAGUGCCUGUUCCUGGUGAGGUUUAUUACAAUUUGUUGUAGUCAGACUGCCAGUGUGCAGACUUUUUCCAGCUACCGCUUUAUCUGGCAUUGACUGAGAACCAGUCUGGGAUCCAGGGACUUGAGGUUCAAAUCCUGGUUCUGAUCAUCUCUUGCUAUGUAACCGAUCAAAUCAUAUUUUAACCUUUGUGCCAUUAUUUCCACAUGCUACUAACUCGCCCUGCGGGAGGAGAGUGAGAACUGAUAUUUGUCAAGCAUGCCGAAAAUUAAAAUGCUUGGUUUUUAAAGGGCUUCAGGGAGCAAACUUCAUUUUUGGCCUGUCUAUGUUCCUAUACAACAUAAUGACACUGUUCUUAUUGACUGGCCUAUUUGUUUUUUAAAUAAUUUGAAACACUUUUUUAAUGGAGAAUUUUAAUAUUAAAAGCUUAUUAGACUAUUAAGCUGUUUAUUGUGAUGCUCUCACACACUGCCAGGCUUGCUAUAUAUCUUCAAGAACAUGACUGUCUAAUUAUUGGAAACACCCUGAUAUCACCCAAGCACCAAGGGGGCUUGUUGUCUCAGAAUUUUUGCUUCUAAUUGUAGAGUUUGUGGCAAUUAGCCUUCCCAAAGGUGCCAUUUGGCCUUGACCCACAUUAAUGUUGGUAACUGUGCAUUAGCACAUACAUUCUCUAUUGAUAGUUCUGUCCUAGGAGAGUAAAAGAUAAAAAUGCUGAAGCAUUUAAAAGAGGUGGUGAAUAUUUAAUAUACACAAUUAUUCAGUAUUUCCAACAUUGCAAAACCCAUUAAUCUAACAUUAGGUUAAGCAGUGGAGUAGAUAAAUUACUUAAUGUAUAGCAAAGCUGAACGUUCAGAAAUGCCCCUUGUGUACAGAUGUUGCAAUCUAGCUUUUAAUGAAUGUGCCAUAACUACAAUGGUUACUGUAGUUAUAAUGAACAUAAGCCUGAACCAGUUCUAGUGUGUGACGUAACUUAAGCAAAAAUCUGCUGUCUUUUGGAAAACUAAGUUUAACUUUUAUUUCUUAUAAAACCAUGCUGAAUCUUAAUUAGGAAUAGGUGUGAGUUAUGGAUGUCAUUUGUGUCUUUCUAAUUGAAAGGUAUUACCUAGACUUAAACAUGGGAUCCUGAUUGCCAAGAACCUACUGAAGUGCUGCCUUGUCUCUAUGAAAUGAAAGCUCACUCUUGGCCUGAA